CGUAGAAGGCUGUAGGUAUGGCAACGGCGCGGCUCGUGUUGACGGCUCUCUGCUUUUCGAUGCUCGUUGCGCCGGCCGUCCAGGAAUGCAAAGAGGAGUACAGGAGCCGGCGGCCCACUCACACGGCCUGCAGGCCUCCCAACGAGAACUGCACCAUCUCAAACAGGACGGUCACGGCGCAGGAUCGCCGCCUGAUCCUCGAGACUCACAACCACUAUCGCAGCACGGUGGCCCUGGGAAACCUGUCGGGCUUCCCUCCCGCCGCCGACAUGAGGGAGCUCGAGUGGGACGAGGAGCUGGCGUCCGUGGCGCAGGCAAAGGCCGAGCAGUGCACCGACCCGAACGGUGACGCCGACCACGACCGGAUGGCCGACCGAUUCACCACCCGGUUCAACCGCACCGGACAGAACCUCGCCUGGAAGGGCAGGAACUUCCCGUUCAAAUCCAGGGACUGGGCGGGUCGCAUCAAGAGCUGGUUCGCCGAGUACGUCGACUACCCGCCGGCGAACGUGAGCCGAUACAUGGCCGGUCCCCGAACGACGGUAUACCACUUCACCCAGGUCGUGUGGGCCAAGACCGGCUACGUCGGUUGCGGCUUCAUCGAGUACGGCAGCGUACUGCCGACCAACUACACGAACAUGCAGUUCUUCGUGUGCAACUACGCCGUGUCGGGAAACACGAGGAACAAGCCCCUGUACCGCGCUGGCAAGACGUGCUCCGCUUGCCCCAAGGGUACCACGUGCGUCGUGGCCACGGGACUCUGCUCCAGGACCAUCCCUACGACGCCGAGUGAAAAAGAUGGCGGCCAUGACGUCACGACGAGAGCGCCCGGAACCUCGGUGCCCGGAACCACGGUGCCCGGAACCACGGUGCCCGGAACCACGGUGCCCGGAACCACGGUGCCCGGAACCACGGUGCCCGGAACCACGGUGCCCGAAACCACGGUGCCCGGAAACCACGGUGCCCGGAACUACAAAGAAGCAACAGGGCGGCCCACACCCGGAAGCAUAUGGCGGCCCUGAUGAAACGGCUGGCGGGAAAAACGAGAAGAAUAAGAAUGGCACGUCCAAAGGAAAUCGCGCCAGAUAUUCCGGCCUGUACCAAGUGAUAGUCGCCAUGAUUGCACUAUUAGUCCUUUUCAUUUUGUUAUUUAUUUUAGUCACAUCAUGUAGAGCAACGGAAGUGCGCGAUAA